AUGCGAGACAGGAUCAAAUACUGUCAAUUUCAUGAAGAUCACGGGCAUACAAUGGAGGAAUUCGUACAGUUAAAAGAUGAAAUUGAGAGACUGAUAAGGGACGAUAUACUCCAAAAGUUUGCUAGAAAGGACAGAGAGAAAAGGAGACUUGAGCCUGAGAUAAGAACUCCUGAAAACACUGUUGAUAGUGAACCUGUUGUGGUUAUACAUGUGAUUGUAGGUGGCCCUAACGAUGGUAAGGGAAAGAACAAGCGCACUAUUCAGGACGUUUUGUCUAUAGAGCAAGAAAUAUGGACAAAGCAAGAGAUAAAGUUUGGGCCCAUAGAUAAGGUGACAGAGCUUUUUCAUAAUGACUCGUUAGUCAUAAGCGUUCGGUUGAACAUGUAUGACGUAAGCCUUUUUCUCUUUUAUUCUUUCUACUUCGAUAUUAUGGAAGGGGAGGUCAUGGAGGAUCGAGAUGCUUUAUCAGUAGAGAUGGCUGGUUUGUUGGUGGACGGCGGUGGUCAGAUGGGUCUUGAAUAUCAACAAGAGGAGUUGGGGGCAUGA